AUUGCUACACGCUUUCGAGGCUAGGGUUGCCUCGUCCUCCUCGCUGUCCACAUGGCGCGAAUCCUCAUGCGGCUCCUCCUCCUCGCCGCGGCGGCGGCGGUGGCGGCGGGGGACGGCUGCCUCAACUCCGGCUGCGUCGCGCUGGGCUCCUACCUCGUCGCCCGGAACCAGAACCUCACCUACAUCGCCAGCCUCUUCGGCAUCGGCGACUACCACGCGCUGGCGCGCUACAACCCCGGCACCACAAACCUGGACUACAUCCAGGCCGGCCAGAGCGUCAACAUCUCCUUCACCUGCGGCUGCCACACGUUCCCCAACUCGGACGCCACCUACCUCGGCGGCUCCUUCCCGCACAAGGUUGUCACCGGCGACACCUACGGCGGCAUCGCCCAGAACUACAACAACCUCACCUCCGCCGCCUGGCUUGCCGUCACCAACCCGUAUCCCACGAACAACAUCCCCGACACCAACACCGUGGUGAACGUCACGGUCAACUGCACCUGCGGGGACCCGAAGAUCUCGUCGGACUACGGGUUCUUCCUCACCUACCCGCUCAUGGGCCAGACCCUCGCCGCCGUCGCCGCCAACUACAGCUUCAACUCGUCGUCGCAGUUGGACCUGCUCCGCAAGUAUAACCCCGGCAUGGACACCGCUACAUCCGGGCUCGUUUUCAUCCCCGUCAAAGAUGGCAAUGGAAGUUACCAUCCUUUAAAACCACCAGGAAACGGAGGUUCUAUAGGAGCUAUAGUAGGAGGAGUUGUUGGUGGUGUUGCUAUUCUGGUCCUGGGCGUCUUGUUAUAUAUCAUGUUCUAUAGGCGAAAAAAGGCAAACAAGGCUGCCUUACUUCCAUCUUCUGAAGAUUCUACCCAACUUGCUACUACAUCCAUGGAUAAAUCUGCCUUGUCAACCAGUCAAGCUGAUAGUAGCUCUGGAGUUCCAGGAAUUACUGUUGAUAAAUCAGUAGAGUUCUCGUAUGAAGAACUUUUUAAUGCCACAGAGGGAUUUAGCAUGAGUAACAAAAUCGGGCAAGGUGGUUUUGGUGCUGUCUAUUAUGCUGAGCUCAGGGGCGAGAAAGCUGCCAUAAAGAAAAUGGAUAUGCAGGCUUCUCACGAGUUCCUUGCUGAGUUAAAAGUUUUGACACAUGUUCAUCAUUUGAAUCUGGUGCGCUUGAUUGGUUUUUGCACCGAAAGUUCCUUGUUUCUUGUCUAUGAGUUCAUCGAGAAUGGGAACUUAAGCCAGCAUUUGCGUGGAACUGGUUAUGAGCCUCUGUCUUGGGCUGCCAGGGUUCAGAUUGCACUAGAUUCAGCAAGAGGUCUUGAGUACAUUCAUGAACAUACUGUCCCAGUGUACAUACAUCGGGACAUCAAAUCAGCAAAUAUCUUGAUAGACAAGAACUACCGUGCAAAGGUCGCAGAUUUUGGUUUAACAAAACUUACAGAAGUUGGUAAUACAUCACUACCCACACGUGGAAUCGUGGGCACAUUUGGUUACAUGCCUCCUGAAUAUGCUCGGUACGGUGAUGUUUCUCCAAAGGUCGAUGUUUAUGCCUUUGGCGUUGUCCUCUACGAACUUAUUUCGGCCAAAGACGCCAUUGUCAGAUCAACCGAGUCUUCCAGUGAUUCAAAGGGAUUGGUUUAUCUGUUUGAGGAGGCUCUCAACACACCGGAUCCCAAGGAAGGCCUUCAAAGACUGAUUGAUCCGGCGCUCGGCGAGGAUUACCCCAUCGACUCGAUCCUCAAGAUGACGGUCCUGGCAAGGGCGUGCACGCAGGAAGACCCCAAGGCAAGGCCCACGAUGAGAUCCAUAGUGGUGGCGCUGAUGACGCUGUCGUCAACCAGCGAGUUCUGGGACAUGAACGCGAUCCAGGAGAACCAAGGUGUCGUGAACCUCAUGUCCGGGAGAUGACUCCUGUCCCUGUGGGCUGUGGUAUAUAUUAUUGUACGUCCUACCUGCCUUCCCCUGGGCAAUUGUACAUUAGGGCUCAUUUGUACGGCCCGUUGACGGCCAGAGAGGAGGGCCACUGUAGGUAUUUACAAUGUAAUAUCUUGUCACUCAAGGGUUUUCUCCCGUGUUUAGGCUCCCUUUGGAACAAAAAGGAAAUUUCCUGAACCUGUGUUUUUUGCUGUAUUUUUUAACUAAUUUCUAUGAAAUUCUUAUAGCAUUCAUGUGAA